AUGACGGCGCCAAGCAAUCCGAAUCUGCUCCGCGUCCUUGUCGUUGGUGAUACCGGCGUAGGUAAGACGCUACUUUUGCGGCGCCUGCGUCAAGUAGCUGUUCCGGGUGAAGACGCCUUCGGCUCCACAUGGGGUCCUACAACUGGGUUUCAUGUGGAAGUGGUUCUUGGCAACCACCAGCACACUUCGGCGUUUGCUUCAAGAGGUCAAAUUGAGGCGCCUUGUGUUGCAUUCAUUGAACUCGGUGGUAAUCGCAAUUUUGGUCCCAGCAGUCAAUUUCCCAUCAGUCUCAUGUCUUUUGACGGCGUCCUUUUCGUUUACGACGGGCAGAACGCCAACAGUGCGAUUGGGCUUAGCUACUGGUAUGAGGAUUUGAAGAGUUACGGCGUCGUGGGGAAUAGCGGGGGUGCAAAAGUAAUGCUUCUUGAGACGGCGCUGUCGCAGUCGGUGAUGAAUACUGCAAGUGCCGCCGAGGGGCUUCCAGAUGAACUUCUUGGGGCGUAUCUGCAAAGAAAUAUCAAAGAGCCCCCGCUCUGGAGGCGAAUUGUGCAAAAAGUCCGUGGUUCUGUCGCCCACUGGGUCGGUACCUCGAGGCUGAGUGUUAGAGACUUUCAACAGCAGCAGGGCAGCCUCCGUGUGCGAGUCGCUGUUCUCUGUUAUUACUGGGCGUCAAAACUUGAAAACUUGUUGCUCUUUUUAGUGGCCGUGGUCCUCUUUGGACCAUAUCAGCAGGCUGUUCGACUGCGACGUCCAUCGGUGGCCGAAUCCCUGCUGAUGAUAUCCUCUGAUGUUAGUGGCACCCAAACAAUCUUGUCCUGUCCUCUCUUUGAACAACUGGCGUUUGAGGCAUCCGCUUUGGAGAAGUUGAUGUCCUUUGUUGACUCACUGAGGCAUGACUAA